AUGACUGACGCAAUUGUUGACUUGGAGCUCGCGAAUACCAAGGAGGAAAUCCCUAUAGAGACUGGUGAACAAGCUUUUCGUGCCACCGAUGAACAACAUUCUCUUUCCGCAUGGCAAGGUCUUCGCCUUCACGUUAAAGCCAUUGGAUGGGCCGCCUAUUUCUCACUCGGCAUCAUCAUGGUGGCUUUUGACCCCCAGCUUAUAGGUCAAUUGAUAGCAACUCCGAAGUUUCAACAGGACUUCGGCAAUGUAUACGAAGACGGCUACAUCAUCGCAGCACCAUGGCAGACAGGCCUUAAUAUGGGGGCUCCCAUCGGGCAAGUCGUCGGGGCGUUCUUUGCAGGCAGUUUUAUGGAGUGGAUUGGACUUAAAAAGGCAUUUGCAGCUUGUAACCUCCUCAUUAUAGGAUGUGUCUUCAUUCAGUUCUUUGCUCGUUCUCUUCCGGUCCUCUUGGUUGGCGAGAUCCUGGCCGGUCUUGUCCUAGGGUGCUUUGUGGUGAUUGCGCCAGCCUACGCAUCUGAAGUUGCUCCCCUCGCGCUGCGUGGUCCUAUUACAGCCUCGAUCAAUCUCUGCUUUGCUGCGGGGCAGUUGAUUGCCAACGGUACGGUGGAUGGAACACAGAAACUCACUACACACUGGGCCUACAGCAUUCCCUUCUCGAUCCAAUGGCUAUGGCCUAUCAUUAUCAUCGUUGGCUAUCCAUUCGCCCCAGAAAGUCCUUGGUGGCUGCAGCGACAAGGACGUCUCAAGGAGGCUGAACAUGCUCUGGGUCGCCUGUCGUCUUCUACGGUCGAUAUCAGGGCGGCUCUUGUCGCUAUUAUCGAAACUGACCGCGCGGAGCGAGAAAUGCAAAUUAACUCCAGCUACCUAGAUUGUUUCCGAGGCACUAACCUCCGUCGAACAAUUAUCUCGAUUGCUGUAAUGAGUAUCCAGGUAUUCUCGGGUAUAUAUCUUGCAUCCUACUCAACCUACUUCUUUGAAGUUGCUGGAUUGCCAACCGAUCAAGCUUUCAACAUGGGUGUCGGCUUCAUUGCACUUGGAUUCUUCGCAACCGUAUUGUCGUGGUUCUUUCUCUCUUACGUCGGACGACGGACCCUUUACAAUGUCGGGCUGGCCGCAUUGACAACCGUUCAGUUUCUCAUCGGGGCCCUAGACUGUGCACCUAAUUACUUGAAUCGGCCGGGAAUUGCCUGGGCUGAGAGUGUCCUAAUGAUGAUCUGGUACUUCAUCUACUCACUGUCGAUCGGGCCAAUCGGCUAUGUGAUCCUUUGCGAAGUCUCCGCCGUUCGUGUCCGGGCAAAGACCAUUGCAAUCUCGUUAGCUGUAGAAGCUCUGGCAACAAUUUUGAUGACUGUCGUCUUCCCAUAUAUGAUUAACCCGGAUGAGGCCAAUAUGCGAGGGAAAGUCGGCUUCUUCUUUGGAGGGCUCUCUCUUUUGUCCUUGGUUUGGUCAUGGACGAGUCUUCCAGAACUAAGAGGACGGACAUAUUAUGAGUUGGACAUCCUAUUUGAUCAAAAAAUAAAGAUCAAAGACUUCCCUAAAACUGUUAUUUCAGAUAGGAAAGAUGUAAAGGAAGCCAGUUAG